CCACAAGAUGGCGCCGCCAACCAAUCCCUGGCUCUCCUUCCUGCUUCCUCUCCAUGUGGCCUUGUGAGUAUCCGGCUCCUCAGCAGGCAGCCCCUUUACCCGGUGAUGUGGUGUCGGUAGUCCCCGUCCGCUACAGCCAUGCAGGUGUCCAAUGUGAACGACGUGAAGAUCUAUAACCUGAGCUGCGGGAAGUCCCUGCCCGAGUGGCUUUCUGACCGUAAGAAGAGGGCUCUGCAGAAGAAGGAUGUUGAUGUUCGGCGGAGGAUCGAGCUCAUCCAGGACUUUGACAUGCCCACGGUAUGCACCAACAUCCGGGUCUCCAGAGACGGCCAGUACAUUAUGGCAACUGGAACCUACAAGCCCCGGGUCCGCUGUUAUGACACUUACCAGCUGUCUCUGAAGUUUGAGAGGUGUUUGGAUUCUGAUGUGGUUAAAUUUGACAUCUUAUCAGAAGACUAUUCAAAGGUUAUCUUCCUCCAUAGUGACAGAUACGUAGAGUUCCAUUCACAGCACGGCUUCUACUACAAGCUAAGGAUACCAAAGUUUGGUCGAGACUUCUCCUACCACUACCCAUCCUGCGACGUGUAUUUUGUUGGAGCUAGUUCUGAAGUUUACCGGUUAAAUUUAGAGCAAGGCCGCUUCCUGAAUUGCCUUCAGACUGAAGCCUCACAAAUUAAUGUUUGUGACAUUAAUCCUGCACACCAUUUGUUCGCUGCGGGCACAUUCGAGGGUAAAGUGGAAUGCUGGGACCCCCGGAUAAGGAAUCGUGUGGGGGUACUGGACUGUGCCAUGGGCAGCGUAACAGAGGAUACAGAAAUUGAGGGUUUACCAUCCGUGUCAGCCUUGAAGUUUAAUGGACCUUUGCACAUGGCUGUGGGGACUUCAACCGGACAGGUUCUGGUGUAUGAUCUCCGCUCCAACCGGCCACUGAUUGUGAAAGACCACCAGUACGGGCUCCCCAUCAAAUCCAUACAGUUCCAUGAUCCUUUAGAGCUUAUUAUAUCUUCUGACUCCAGAAUCAUUAAGAUGUGGAAUAAGGAUAAUGGUAAAGUUUUUACCUCAGUUGAACCCGAGGCGGAUGUGAAUGAUGUUUGCCUUUAUCCUAAUUCGGGAAUGCUGUUCACUGCUAACGAAACCCCUAAAAUGAAUGUCUAUUAUAUUCCGGCACUGGGUCCUGCUCCCAGGUGGUGCUCAUUCUUGGACAACCUGACUGAGGAGUUGGAAGAAAAUCCUGAAAGCACAGUCUAUGACGACUACAAGUUUGUCACCAAGAAUGAUCUGGAUGAACUUGGGCUGUCCCAUCUCAUUGGAUCACCCAUGCUCCGGGCUUACAUGCAUGGCUAUUUUAUUGAUAUACGGCUGUACCAUAAGGUGAAAGCGAUGGUCAAUCCAUUUGCCUAUGAAGAAUACAGGAGGGAGAAGAUAAGGCAAAAGAUUGAGGAGACCCGAGCUCAGCGCGUUCAGAUUAAGAAACUACCAAAGGUGAACAAGGAGCUUGCACUCAAACUGCUUGAAGAGGAAGAUGGGGAGCGUCCCUUACAGAAGAAAAAGCAAAAGAAAAUGCCCAAUCUUCUCUCUGACGACCGAUUUAAAGUCAUGUUUGAGAAUCCUGACUACCAGGUGGAUGAACGGACUGAGGAGUUCAGGCUGCUCAACCCAUUGGUGUCUAAAGUCGUUGAGAAGAGAAAGAAGAAGUUAAAGGCGAUGGAGAUGCUGCAGACCAACGAGAAGGAGGAAGAGGAAGAGCCAGAAGGAAAACCAAGUGAUGCAGAGAGCUCAGAGUCUUCCGAUGAUGAAAAGGGAUGGGUCGAAGAGGUCAGGAAACAGCGCAAACUCUUACGCCAAGAGGAAAGGUCCAAGAGGCAGGAAAGGGAGAAGGAGGACCAUCAGACGUCCCUCAAACCUCAGUUCUAUGAGAUAAAAGCUGGGGAGGAGUUCCGAAGUUUCCAGGAUGCUGCCAAAAAGCAAAAGAUGAUGAGGAAAACUCUUGAAGAUCGGUUGAAGGUAGAGGAGAAACUCGGAACACUUAACGUAUCUGACACAGCUGUGGGCAGCAAACAGUUAACGUUCCAGCUGAAGAAGUCUGAACAACAUAAGAAGCGACAAGAAGCUGAGAAACAACACAGAGACGAGAGGAAGAAGCUGCGCCGCUCUGCGGGACACUUAAGGAGCAAACCUGCCAAGGGGAGGCCAUUUUAUUAAGAGACUUGAGCUCCUCUGACACAUUAUGAGACUGCCAUCAGAACUUUUAGAACGGAACGCUAUGAUGCGUGUGGGACUUUGGACAAGUGCGUUUCCUUCGUGACAUCGGUCCAUGUCUCCAGCUGUGUGAGGCAGAUAUUUGCCGUGUGUCCUUGACACCAGUGAUGAAGCUGUGUACUUUGCCAAUGCUGAUAAAUAACGCUUCAUUUAUUUUUUAUUUACAUUUUUUUCACUGUUGUAAGCAGUAUGUCUAAACAGUUAUUUUCAGCUCCAACAUAUUCAUUACUUAAUACACAAUUAUACUGCUAGGUGUUUUGUAUCACUAGAUAGGUAAUCAGUGUCUGAUCGGUGGGGGUCUGACACCCGGGUUUGAGAAGGCACUGGUGGUGCAGUAGCACCGGGACCUUCUUGUAGCUUUGCCUAGGCCAUGGGACCUCACGUUUAUUGGUCACAUGGUCCUAGACGAGGUCAUCUGCGAUACCAAGCACAGCCGCUAUCCAGUGGACAGCGCUGUGCUUGGUGAGCUGAGAGCCACAUCGUUACUGCAAGCACCGGUGCCUUCUCAAACAGCUGAUCGGCAGAGGUUCUGGGUGUAGGACCCCCACCAAUCAGAUACUGAUGAUCUAUCCAGAGGACAGGUCGUCGGUUAAAUAAUUUUGGAAAACCCCCAAUUCAAUUUGGAAAUAUAACUUGAGACCAUAUCUCAAGCCACUCUGCGCACCCUUGCUCCUCCCCUUUCUCUGCUAGCCCCUCCCUCUCUUUGAUUGGCAAGACGAAUCUCCAUACAGUAUUAUUCUGAAGUUUUGAACAAAGAGACUUCAGAUUAAGCAUCCGAAGCUCGCUUUGCUCAACUUUAAUGACUAUGUACCUGGGCCUGCCAAUCAAGAAGGAUAGGGAGGGGUUGGCAGAGGAAGCAAGACUGCACAGAGGGGCUCAGGCCUGCCCUCAGGGCACGUAACGUCUCAUUUGCAUAUGGAUUAGAAGUACUUUUUCUCCAGAAUGAAGCAACGGAUCACUAAGCGACAGGUAUCAUUACAUGUAGCUGAGCUAGCACUACAAGGCUCUGCAUCUGGUUUUACAGUGAAUUUCCUAGUGACGCACUCCAUUUAAAUACACAGACCAGGGAAUAGCAACCUCCAGCGUUCCAGCUCUUUUCCGUAGAUGGAAUAGUUUCUGCGUUCAAAGCUGCGCAUACCUGACAUUUCUCUUCCCUCUGCUUAUGAGACACUUGUUUUUGCCAGCAUAGCACGCUCUCAUUAGUGAUGUGUCUAUAUUUGAACAACCCCAAAAGGUUAGCAGUCUCUGGCGUUUAAGUCUAUGGUGUACUGUGCAGUUUUAUUUCUAUGUUUUAGACUGUAGUGCCUUCCAGGAGCUCUAUAUAUAUAUCAUCCAAGUCUUUAUAUGCAGAGCCUUUGGAGCUCUAGCUGCUGAUUCAGCAUGCAAUGGGUCUGCUCAGAAUUUUUAACUUUUAAAGGGGUUCUGCGGUUUGUUUUAUAGAUCAUCAGCAUAAUAAAAAUUAUGGUGCCCUUU